CCCCCCUCCCAUUAAACAUGUCGAUCGUACGCUUGCGAGAUUGUAAGAUUUUAAUAGGUUAUUUUUUGGCAGGUCACGGUGGAUUUUGCUGGAUCAAAAAUGGUACUACGUCGCUAGCUGUUGUUGGUGUCCCCAUUGCAUUGGUUAUUGUGUUUAAUUUCGUAGCUUUAACUUGGACGGUCAUUUCUAUUUACAAAGUGCACAAGGUAACUAAUAAAUUGUCCGACCAGGGAAGCCACACAAGUCUCGCUCUGCUGUGCAUCAAGCUGACUUGUGUCCUUGGUCUUACAUGGGUGUUUGGAUUUCUCAGCUCCAUCGUAAAAACUGACGCAACAGUAUAUAUUUUUGUGGUGGUUAACAGCUUACAAGGUGAGGUGUCAAAAAGGCACAAAUCUUCUGCCUUAGAGAUGACUGCUGAGGCACCUAAUUCAACGCAUCAUCUUCUUAACAUAACGACAACAGGAACUUACUUCAAGUAA